CGAAACGGUUUUGUACGAAAUAAAAAUUUAGUGAGUUACCGUUCUUUAUAAAACCACGCCGUUUGUUGAAAACCAAUCUAAGCUUGUUAAAAGGGUUAUGUCAAGCUAUAAUCUUUUACGAUAAUAAACAACGUUCUGAGCUCGAUCUGUUACAGUAAAAGAUUAGCUGACACCAACCAGACGACAAGUAUGGCUUCUCAUGUUGACAGUCAGCCAGAAGAUGAGUCAAAGAGAAUACGCAGUCACACGGAGAAAGCAAAGAAGAUCUAUGAUGAAAAGGUCACCGACUACCUAUCAAAAAUGCAAAAGGCAUGGGAUACCGUUCAAAGACUUAUGGAUACACAGAACUCAUUUACCAAAUUAGAAGAGUUGAAAGACCUACAAAAGAACCUUUGUUUCUGUUACGGAGAAUACAGAAUGUUAGCUCGUGAAUUUGUGGCAUACUUAGAGGGAAUUCGUACUCAAGAUAGUUGUCAAGAACUUUCAGACCACCGUGUAAAUGACCAAAAUAAAGACAUAAUUGUAAAUGAGGUCUUCGAUAAAAUAGAAAGUAAGAUAACCAAUUUAUUGCUAGAAACCAGAUCAUCAUCUUCAUCAUUAAGAAGUGGUAAGUCGAAAUCAUCACAUUCUGCAGCAACCCAAGCGAAGGCUAAGGCACGUGCAGCAUUAGCACGUAUGACAUUGAUAGAGAAAGAAAAAGAUCUGAGAAGGAAACAGGUGGACAUUGAAAGUGAUUUAAAAGCAUUAAAAGUAAAAGAGAUAUAUGAAGAGGCAAAGGCAGAAGCGGAGGUCUAUGAGGAAGAGAUUAGUGAGUGGCAUGCGAGUCAGCACGGUCAUAGUGAGAAGAGUGUUCUCAACGAGCAACAUCAAACUACUAGUAGUCAAAUUCAACUUCAAGUUCAGUCUGUUGAAGAGAGAACAAGACAGUACGUUUCAUCACUGCCAGAAAGAUCAGUUCAAUCUUCUAAAGAUCUCAAUCCUGCGGCAACAGAAUUUACUCCAAGAAAUGUUGACACAAAUGUUACCUUCGAACUAUCACGUUUUCUUUUACGGAAAGAUCUUAUGUUCUCUCGCUUAACCAAAUAUGAUGACAAACCAGAGAAUUAUGCAGUCUGGAAAGCUACAUUCCAGAGUGUCGUGCAGGAACUUGGAGUGUCCUACCGUGAGGAGUUCGACUUAUUAGUGAAAUGGCUUGGUCCAGAAUCUGCCAGGCAUGCGGUCAGCCUUAGAGCAUCUAGCUCCUCAAAUCCUACAAAUGGUGUAAAUCGACUUUGGGAGAGAUUGGACGAAAGGUUUGGUUCCCCUGAAAUAGUUGAGGUAGCCCUACGGAAAAAGAUCGACAACUUCCCUCGAAUAGGACCCAGAGAUAGUAGAAGGCUUUAUGACCUUGCAGAUAUCCUUGACGAGAUCUUAAACAAUAUGGAUGACCCCAUGUACAAGGACCUCCUGUCAUACUAUAAUACCUCGCUUGGAAUAAUUCCUAUAGUAAACAAGUUACCACACAAUCUUCAAGAGAAAUGGACUUCUCAUGCUGCAAAAUAUAAGAAAGACAACUGUGUUCAAUAUCCUCCGUUCUCAUACUUCACUAAUUUCAUCCGAGAGAUAAGUAAGAUUCGUAAUGAUCCUGGAUUCAUGUAUGAACUCAAACAAAAUGCAUACACUCAACCAAAUAGGAGAAUGUCCUCCAUGAAAAAAGGGGAAGGGUUUUAA